UCAUUCAAUGCCUUAAUAUCUCGUUUCCAACAACAAAAUUUCCCUUUUGCUUUUUUCCUCGAAAAAGCUGACCCCAAUCUCUCUCCUCUCUCUAUCUCUCAAUUUCACCCCCUUUUUAUUUAUCCAAACUUCAUAUACACCCCUCAAUUUCGCCAUCAAUAGGACAGUUGGUUAGUCCUGAGCUGAAUAAAAACGUCGAAAUUUGAGAUUACAAGUGCUAAUGCUUAUUGGCACCACUUAUAGUUUUGUCAAGACUAGGUGACUGAUUUGAGAUAAAAGAGUUAUGUUGAUCUUGUUCUGAUGAAAUUGGGGGAGUUUAGUCCUAUUGAAGAAAAUAAAGUAGUUGCUAGCGAUGGGUGUGCGCUAUCUAGCAAUCUCAGCAGCAUGUACGGUAAUCAGCAUGAUAGGUCUACAAUGCUGGACGGAGAUAUCACUUGAGAAAUUCAAGGCCGAUGGACUCAUUGGCAAGAAUACACUUUACUCAGAGAAUGCUAAUCGUAUUGUGGAGCUUCUGCUGCGUUCUCAUGCCACAAUUACAUUGCUGGCAAUUUGUGUGAUCAAUGCAUUUGUGCUACUUAUCUUGAGUCUCAAGACUAUAUUUUUUGGAGAUCUAUACGCUUCUGAAGCUAGAAAGGUGGUGGAACGGCUAGUCAAUUAUGUUAUCUACAAGGGAACAUUUCUUCCAUUAAUCAUUCCGCCAACAAUAUUUCAAGCCACAUUGUGGUCGACCUGGUUGACCACUCUUUGUUUCCUGAAGAUGUUUCAAGCGUUGGCUAGAGAUCGUCUUGAACGUUUGAAUGCAUCUCCUUCUGCCACCCUGUGGACAUAUUUUCGUGUAUAUUCAGCACUAUUGCUUGUUUUGGCCUUAGACUUUCUUUGGAUAUGGUUUUGUGCGGCUGUAUCUGGACCUUUAGCUUCAUCCACUUAUUGGUUGUUAUUCUUUGAGCCACUCAGCAUAGCAUUCGAGACAUUGCAGGCUAUUGUGGUACACGGAUUCCAGCUAAUGGAUAUUUGGCUGCACCAUUCUGCUGCAGAGACUUCUGAUUGCCAAAGAUCAAAGUUUUUUGACACAACUGCAGGCUCUUUGUGGGAAUGGAAAAGCAGUGUUGUUCGCAAUAUGGGAUUUUUCCUGGAUAUGAUGACACUCUUAAUGGCACUUGGUCAUUAUGUGCUUAUUUGGUGGCUCCAUGGCAUGACUUUCCAUCUUGUGGAUGCAAUUCUUUUCCUGAACAUUCGUGCUUUACUAAGUGCAGUUGUAAAGCGUAUCAAAGGAUUCAUCAAAUUGAAGAUAGCUCUAGGCGCACUUCAUGAAGCACUUCCUGAUGCCACGUCGAAGGAGAUACAAGCAUAUGAUGAUGAAUGUGCCAUCUGUAGGGAACCAAUGGCAAAGGCUAAAAGGCUUCCUUGCAAUCACCUUUUCCAUCUGGCUUGCUUGAGAUCUUGGUUGGAUCAAGGACUUAAUGAGAUUUAUUCAUGCCCUACCUGUCGGAAACCCCUUUUUGUUGGAAGACCUGAAAGUGAGGCAACCUCCCAUUCUAGGGCAGUUUCUAGUGAUGAGCAGCUUGCUCGCCAACUAAGUUCAGGGCUUGAUCGGGCAAACGCUGAAGGUGGAGGAGUUUUCCCUAACCAAAAUCAAAAUUCCACAGAAGCUAAUGCUUGGAGAGGAGCAGGAUCAGAUUCAAGUUGGCUGCAGCCUUGGCCAAGUCAGGAUCUUGAUGGAGCUGGUCCAUCAACUGCCAUUAGGUCUGCUGGAUUGGGGAGAGUCCAGAUGAUGAUGAGGCAUCUUGCUUCUGUUGGAGAAACCUAUGCUCAGACUGCCCUUGAAGAUACUUCGUGGAACCUUUGGCCGGCAAACUCUUCUCAGGCUACAGCAUCUAGUACAGCAUUUCCCCUGGCUGCACACAGAUACCCCGCAGCAACUGUUGCUGCAGAUAGGAGGACUGUUUCCCAUCCUGCAAAUGACAGUAUUGCGAACUUACUUGCCAUGGCAGAAACUGUGAGGGAGGUACUCCCUCACAUCCCUGAUGAAAUGAUUUUCCAGGACCUGCAGCAAACAAACUCUGUCGCUGUGACUGUUAAUAACCUUCUUCAAAUGUGAUACUGGACCUUCCUCAGAAUAAGCUUUCCAGAUCCACAGAUGACUUACAACGAUGCAGAGUAAAUAAUGUGAUUGACAAGUGCCAACAGAACCUCGAGAAACUUUAAACACUGCCCUAGUAUGUUGGAACUGUUGUCUGCUUGUCGUAUCGGAUCCUGUACAUAGUGAACAUAUUACCAAUCACAUUGUCAUCUAGGAAGUAUUGGUAACAAACAAUGUAAAAGUAUCCUUAUAAUGGUCUUUUCUUUUUUCCGUGCAUAGACCAAGUAAAUACUAGUUUUUUAUCUUGGUCUCGCAACCUAGAAAGCCCAGGUAUACUUGUGAAAUUGUGGCAGAUUUUGUAAUUUGUAUGUUUAAAUGUAUAUUCUUAUACUUUUUAAGCAAAAAAAUGUAUAUUCUCAUCAUA